AUUUCCGUGCUUCAUCUUCCACCAGGCUUGUGACUGACUGAGGAGUGUCUGUAUGGAUCAGAGAUCAUGCGUUUGUAUUGAUUAACAGCUGGCUCAGAGAUGGCUGCCGGCACUGCAGCCACGACUCUCCUGCCUCCGGUGAAGAGUGUGGUGGUGUACAGGAAUGGUGACCCCUUCUACAGUGGACGGAGGUUUGUGGUCAACCAGCGACAAGUGGCUACCAUGGAGGCUUUUCUGAAUGAAGUGACCCAGAACAUCGGUGCACAGCUUGCCAUCAGGACCUUGUACACCCCCAGGCAAGGCCACAGGGUCACGGACCUCCAGGACCUUCAGACAGGAGCCCAGUAUGUUGCUGCUGGCUUUGAAAAGUUCAAGAAACUGGACUACCUGAACGUAGGAAAAAAGCUGCCUGCUGCCCGUGAAGAAACCCAGGCAAAAGCAGCCCAGAGGCCAAAUGUUUCAGCUAAAUGGAGGAAGUUUAUCCCUGUACCUUGUAUUAUACACGUUUUCCGUAAUGGAGAUCUCCUGUGCCCGCCAUUUCGAUUCAUCCUUCCUCGGAGCAUGCAGCAGGAUCUGGAGCAGAUCCUGAGUCUGGUCACAGAGAAGGUCAGUCUACGAACCGGGGCCGUGCGCAGGUUGUGUUCUUUGGAAGGAGUGACUGUGUCCUCAGCUGGGGAGCUGGAGACCGGCCGCUGCUAUGUUGCCGUGGGAACCGAGAGGUUCAAGAAGCUUCCAUAUGUGGAGUUGUUGGUUUCAAAAGCGACAGAGAGAUAUUACCCAGGGAAGAGGAGGCUGUUGAGGAGAACUGAGAACAGGAAAGCAGGAAGCGGUCCAGAAGACCAGUGCAGUGACUCAGCUCUCCUCGACUCCCCGGAGUCAGAUGGCCGGAGGGUGAAGUCAACAGGAGAUGAAGCUGCACCUCCACAAGCUGCGCAGCAGAGGAGCAGGAGACAGGGAGCAGAUGAGACAUCUGUGUUCUUUGCCAGGCCUGUCAAGCUCCGCAAAAACAGAGGACAGACAAGAAUGCCACUCAGCAACGGAUCUGUUCAACCUAGUGUAUUUAAAAGACCCACAAGAAAGAGGAGAGAGGAGGUGAGAGGAGCCGAGGAGGUGCAGGAGGAUGAAAAUACAGUCACAGAGCUUCCUGUUGACCAGAGAGUGGCAGAAAUAGUGGAGGAUGAGGAGCUCAACAACACAGACGAUCCUCUGAGCAACACACAGCAGGUACAGACAUCUGAACAAAAUGGUGCAGAACAGACAGAAGACUCUGCCAAGACAAAGAACUCUGCUGCUGAAAUACUGGAACCAGAGCUGAAGCACACAUCUUCAAAGUCAAGGCCCUCAUCAUCCACCUCUCAAGGAAGGAACAGGGAAGAAAAGGCAAGUUUCACGUCUUAAAUCAGAGCGUGACUGUUGGCAUCACCAUUUUAAAUAAUUUGCUCUAACAGGAUAGCCCACAGAACAUCCAGUCAAAUACAGAAGAACAGAACCAUCAUCAGGACAACUGGUGAAUGACGAGGAGGGAUUUAUAGAGGAGGUCACAUCAGGAUAACAACCCCAAACCCCAGCUGAACUACAGCCAAAAGCACAGCAGAUAACCAACAGUUACUUACUGCUUCAGCAUGGCCUAUGCGGCUAAAUGAAUGUCAUAAUUGGUAGUACUUUAACUGUGGUAAUGAGCCAAGUAACAACAUUCAUUUUUGUUGUUUUCUUUCAGAAAACCUAUGAGACAAAAAUGUGAACUUGCUUAGAUAAAAAUAAGAGCAAACACUACAGAGGGCGGGCAUUUUAAGACUCACAGAGGGAGUAUUUGUUCUAGGCUUUUGCAUUUGAUUGCAUUAUAUUGUGUUUAUGAUACUGUGUCCAUCCUGUUUUACAGAGAUGAUUCUGAUGCAGAUACUG